AAUGUAAUGAGGAUUUAAUCAUCACAAGUGCCAAUUCAUUAUUGGUUUCCAAACAUAAACAAGCGUAGAUAAAAUCAAUACGAAAAUAAAAUGUUUAGUAUAUGGAACAUAUGCAAUGUGGGGAGGACCUUGAAAUGAACUAUGAACCUUGCGGCCGUAAGAGAAACCUGUUGAAUGCGCGUUCAGAAUUUUCUUGAAAAACGCCAGUCGAUUCGGUCGGUGCACGAUGGAUCGCAUUCUCAAAGGCAUCAUGAAGUACAGACAGCUGGGGAAGAAGACGAUGGUCGAACAGUUCAAGGAGGUCAAAGACAACCCGAUUCCGAAAGCAGUUUUCUUCACUUGCAUGGACAGCCGAAUGAUACCCACCAGGUUCACGGAGACAAACGUGGGAGACAUGUUCGUAGUGAGGAAUGCAGGAAACAUCAUACCGCACUCGCAGCACUUCAUGGACGAGCUCACCACCAAUGAGCCGGCAGCUUUGGAACUGGGAUGCGUCGUCAACGAUAUCAAGCACAUUAUCGUUUGCGGACACAGCGAUUGCAAAGCCAUGAACUUGCUGUUUAAACUACAAGAUAGUGAAUUUGCAUCACAGGAAAAUAGAAGAAUUUCACCGCUUCGUUCGUGGCUUUGCACGCACGCACUAAGCAGCUUGGAGAAGUUCCAACAAUUAGAAAUCACCGACUACUCCAAACCGCUUCUUUUCCAAGGCGAAACACCACUUAGAAAAUUCGUAGCUUACAUAGAUCCUGAAAAUAAAUUCGCCUUAGAAGAUAAACUGUCGCAGAUAAACACCUUGCAGCAGUUGCAGAAUAUCGCGAGUUACGGAUUCCUGAAGAAGCGUCUGGAGAAGCACGAGCUGCACAUCCACGCCCUUUGGUUCGACAUUUACACUGGAGAAAUUUACUAUUUCAGCAGAGGCUCGAAGACUUUCGUACUCAUCGAUGAACACAACAUAGACGCUUUGGUGGGCGAAGUAAAGAAGUACUAUUCUUAGAAGCAUUUUUAAAUAAUUGUAUCAAGCCAAAGAUAGAUAAUAAGAUUUAUUUAUUUCGAUCUUUAACG